GGUCCGGGAAGAGCAAUCGGACGAGAGGAUGGCGGCUGACGAGGCAGAGAAGGCGCGGGGGAAGCGCGCUGCUCUCUCCUUCGCCGCCGUCGCCCUGGUGCUGGGGCUGCCGCUCUGGUGGAAGACGACGGAGACGUACCGGGCCUCGCUGCCCUACGCGGGAAUCAGCGCGCUGGGCUCGCUCCGGUUCCAGCUGACUGUGCCCGUCUCAGUGGUCUUUGCCAAGGGGGCUCUGCCAGGAGCUCAGUGGAGGAGACUCCCUUUCGCAGACACACAGGAGGAGGAGAGCCUGUUAAACUCAAAAACAAGCGUUACGGCCCGCUAUGAGACGACUUAUCGGAGUGCGACCGCCACGGAGCGGGCAGCCUUGGCCAUGGCCACCGUGCAAGAGGCAGACGCUGCGCUGCUCCCGCUGCAGGAGGACUUGGUGGGCGCUCUGACUGUAUACGUGAUCCCGGAAACCUCCCUUCUCCUGCCUCAGGGCGUUGGCGUGUACGUCGGGAAGCACCGUAGCGCCGUGAUGAGGGGUACGCAGGGCCCAGGAGAUGUCCUGGCUGCCAUUGGUGCCCGGGUGCAGCAGAUUGUGCAGGCCAUGUCCUUCACCACCGACUCCAUCACCGCCGCCUUGUCUGAUCGCGUCCCCAUGGACCAGCUCGGCACGGACACGAGGCGCCCGUUCAAAUCCAGCCUGGGAUACGAGAUCACCUUCAGCUUAUUGAACCCAGACCCCAAGUCCCAUGACGUGCACUGGGACAUCGAGGCAGCUGUCAACAGCUACGUGCAGCCCUUCCUCGACAAGCUGGGCUCAGUAGCCAACAUCUCAGUGGACUCCCAGAUCCUGUACUAUGCCGUCCUGGGGGUCUCGCCCCGCUUUGACAAGGCCUCCUCCAGCUUCAUCUUGAGCGCGCUCAGUCUACCCCACGUCAUUAACCCGGUGGAAGCCAGGCUGGGUUCCAGCGCCACUUCGCUCUACCCUGUGUUGAACUUCCUGCUGUACGUGCCGGAGCGUGUCCAUUCCCCUCUCUACAUCCAGGACAAGGAUGGCGCCGCUGUGGGGACCAACGCCUUCCACAGCCCCCGCUGGGGUGGGAUCAUGGUGUACAACAUCGACCACCCAGCUCCUGACAAGGCCCCUCUCCCGCUUCGGGUGGACGUGGACAUGGUGCGAGUGAUGGAGGUGUUCCUGGCCCAGCUACGGUUGUUGUUUGGGAUCUCCCAGGUGCCGCUCCCAGAGGAGUUCCUGCUGGAGAGCCCUGGGAACAAGGGGCUGUCUGACUGGGAGCUGGACCGCCUGCUGUGGACCCGGACGGUGGAGAAUAUCGCCACGGUGUCCACCACUCUCACCUCCCUGGCCCAACUGCUAGACAAGAUCGGGAACAUCGUCAUCAAGGAUGAUGUUGCUUCUGAGGUAUACCAUGCAGUAGCAUCCGCGCAGACCGCCAUGCUGGAGCUGGCCUCUGGCCAUCUGGGCUCAGCAUUCCAGGCCAGUAAAGAGGCGGUCACCUCCUCGGAGCGGGCCUUCUUUGACCCUUCGCUGCUGCAUCUCCUCUACUUCCCUGAUGACCAGAAAUUUGCCAUCUACAUUCCACUCUUCCUGCCGAUGGCGGUGCCCAUCCUGCUGUCCCUGGUGAAGAUCCUCCGGGAAGCCAAACAGAGCAAGAAGGAGCCCAUGAAAACUGACUGAGCCUGUCUGCAGCUGCCCCAUGGGGCAGGGGAGCUCAGAGCCAGCUCGUGACAGCCUGUCUGUGUAGGAACAGUCUGGGCCCAGUGACUCAGAUGAUUCUUUAUGAAUCCUGGAAGAGUGGAAAGUCUGGCAGAAAUAGGGUGUUGGGUCAGAAACCGAGGCUUAGCCCCCAGCACGGCCACUUCCCAGCAUGGAGCUCUUGGGUUCGCCUUUGCCUUGGGGGUUAGCAGGGACUCCUAUGCUGCAGCUAGGCACCUGCGGUUGGUCCGGGCCAGCUAACUUAGGCUAAGGGGCUGUUUCAUUGCGGUGUGGCUC